ACACACAUACACACACACACACACACACACACACACACACACACACACAUACACACAGAGUCAGGCAGUAGGGGCUGUCUGACAAAAUCAGGAUAUGACAUCAUUCACAGGAAGAAAAGCCAAACAACUUUUCUCUCUGCUUAUCGAGUCUUAUUUGUUUUCAGACUGCUCAGGUUUUCUGAUGAGUUACUGAGACCAAACUCUUUAGACAGCGGUGCAAUCCGUGUCCUCUGGCUGCGAACUGGAGGCAGAGAUUUUCUCCUGAGCUUUCCCAUAGUUCCCCACAGCAUUCCAAGCAUUCAGGACGGGACUUGAGCCAGCAUCACCAGUUGAUGAAACAGGAGACUUCAUCUAUCCUGACGUUUCUGCUGGAGAUUCUUCUAUUUGCACAAGCUGUAGAAGCAUGGCUCUCUGCCUUGGUCAAGUGUUCAGCAAAGACAAGACGUUCAGGCCUCGGAAGCGCUUCGAGCCUGGCACGCAGAGGUUCGAGCUGUAUAAGAGAGCCCAGGCAUCACUGAAGUCAGGCUUGGACCUCAGGAAGGUGGUUCAGCUGCCUGAUGGAGAGAACAUUAAUGAUUGGAUUGCUGUGCAUGUGGUAGAUUUCUUUAACCGCAUCAACCUGAUCUAUGGAACAGUUAGCGAAUUCUGCACAGAGAGAAGCUGCCCUGUCAUGUCUGGAGGCCCUCGCUAUGAGUACAGAUGGCAGGAUGGAGACCAUUACAAGAAGCCCACCAAACUCCCAGCCCUCCAGUAUAUGAACCUGCUGAUGGACUGGAUUGAAUCGCUCAUCAACAAUGAGAAUAUCUUCCCUACACGCAUAGGGGUUCCUUUUCCGAAGAACUUCCAGCAGGUCUGUAAAAAGAUUCUAAGUCGGCUCUUCCGUGUGUUUGUGCACGUUUACAUCCACCACUUUGACAGUGUCUGCAACAUGGGAGCUGAGGCUCAUGUCAACACCUGCUACAAACACUAUUACUACUUCAUCUCUGAGUUUAGUCUCAUUGAACACUCCGAACUAGAGCCACUGAGAGCCAUGACAGAGCGAAUCUGUAACUGAAGCAGGUGGACAGUGAAGUAACACCUAAAGGCAGACUGCCGAUGUUCAAACACCAAUGGUCCAAGCAUCUCGUAUUCUUAAAUCUUCAUUUUUAAUAUAUUUGACCUAAGGUUCGCCUUGUUGUAUUAGGAUAUUAUCCUACUAAAUGAGCCUAAGUAGAGCUGUAGCCGACUUGAUAUUCCAAAAAAAUGUGGGGUUUUUUUAAUGGUUAAAAUAUGCUAUAUGAGCCAAUAUCCUAUUUUUUUUUUUUUUUUUUACACAUCAGACUGCAAAAGAACCUUAAAAUAUAUAGGAUCAUAAAAUAGUUGCCAUUUUCUCUCACUUUUAUACACUGUUUAAAACUACAAAAUGUCAGCCAGUGUCUGAAAACUUUUAUACACUCUAUAUGUGAAAGCUAAAUGAAGUUUUUAUGCAGCAUGUUUACAUAUCUAACAUUUGAAAUCUGACUCGGAAAUACUCAGUGUUAUCAUGUUUGCCCCUGAGGAGUAUACUGGCUUAUCCUUUGUGCUUCUGAAACUGUGCUGGGGCAUGUUAAACGCCCGGGCAGCUUGAAACAUGACAUUCUUGUUGAGUCUAAUGCAAAUACCACUGCCAAUGUGGUAUUUAACUAUAUAUAUAUAUAUAUAUAAAACUGUGCCAUUUCUCUUGCUUGUAUCAUAGAUUUUAUGUGAAUGUGUACUGCUCUUGUAUUAUUUUAUUUAUACAUCAUUUUACAUAUAAAUUAAAUCAUUAUCCUAAGAAUUUAUUUUAAAAAAAACAAAAACACAAACAAACACCUGAACAACCAAGCAAACUGUUUGCUUAAUCUUUCUGUUAUUAGUCUCAAAGUUAUUGCAUCUUUAAUAAUACAGCAGCAUGCACAUGAAGUCCUAUCACUCAUUUAUAUCAUAAUUUAUUUUCUGGCUAUUAGACGUUUACAGUUCACUGUAAAUAUAAAGAGAGCAUGCAAGUGUCAAACAAAUACAAACAGACAUGUAAAGGAAGACAGGUGAUGAACUGAAAUUUAUGGCCCCCUGGUGUCCAAAAGUUGUGUAUAUUUCCUGUGUAUAAAGUAUUUCAGAAACAUC